CACACCCAAAUGCCGAUAAUAGCAACGAUUUUUACGAUUUAGGUGACGUAAUUGUAGAUUUCAUAGUGCUAUAGUCACACCGGGGAAUGAAGAAGCAUAUGUGGUGCGCUAACUUUUUCUUUCUUCUCAACCAACAAUCCAACGACUCAUCUCGACCCCAAAAUCAAUCAAUCAUGCUUCGCACCACCACUACCGCUGCCGUCCGUGCUUUCAAGCCUGCCCAGGUCUCGGCCAUUCCCCGCCGCAACUACUCCGAUGGCGCUUUCUCUGACAAGGAGAGAGCCGAGGAGGCGAAGUACAUCCGCGCCAAGGAGGCCGAGCAGAUCAAGAAGCUGAAGGAGCAGCUCGCCCAGAGGGAGAAGGAGAUCGCUGAGCUCAAGAAGAACAACGAAAAGAAGUAAAAAUUGAGCUUUCAGCCAAGUGUUCCAAGUCGCAAACGAUCUAAAGGCGCCCGAUGCCUUUUUUUUGCAGCAUAUUGUAGGAAUUCCAGCGAUCUUUGCCAAUCCAAUGCAGUCCAAUCCAUGUUGUAAAUAAAAACUACAAGAAAAACCCCCCCCCAAGGAUAAUGACAACGAACAAUACACUGCGAUGGCAUGGGUUGUUCGCAUGAUGCUCUAACUGAAACUAAAC